ACACUGGCUCGAUCCAUGCUUCACAUGUCUUGUACAAGCAACUGCUCGAGGGCGUGCUCUUCGCCAAAAUCCGAUUCCACGACACCGUUUCUCGCGGUCGGGUGCUCAACCGAUUUGGUAAAGACUUCGAAGGGAUCGACAGCAGUUUGUCUGACCACUUUGGGCGGUCGACGAUGUACUUCAUCUCAUCAAUCACGACGAUCGUCACCAUCAGCUUCGUCGGAGGAGUUCCGUUCAUUGUCGCGACCAUCCUCACUGGCAUCUUUUACUACAAUGUGGCCAAGGUCUAUGGCCAGACUUCGCGGGACAUGCGCCGGCUGGACUCUGUGACUCGUUCGCCGUUGUACUCGAUGUACUCC